AGGAGUAAGCAAAGUUUCAGAGUCCUGCUCCGGGUCGCGGUGGGCCCUCCCCCCGUCUGUGUGUGCGCGCGUGUGUGCGCGCGUGUGAGUGUGCGUGUGUACGCGCAGCGGGGAAGGGGCGGGGAGAGCGCCAGAGACCAGGCGAGGCUGAAGAGGACUCGCUGGCCUCCUGCUCACCGCGGUGCCACCGUUAAUCCGGGCAGGCGAGGAGCGCACGGAUCUGCGCCGGGCGCAGCAGCUGGGCACCGCCACCGCCCAGCGCCCAGCGCCGGGUCCCCGCGAUCGGCGGUAACCGCGAAAGAGGGAUCCACCCCCGCCCCAAACAAUAAGCCUCGUGGAUUACAAAGUGAAACUGACACGGGACAAUAAAGAGCAAAGCUCCCCAGGCAAGGGCGAGGCGCGCUCCGGUGCGCUCCUACCAGCCGCGACCGGAGGAACGGCCCCUGGCAUGGUGAGGGGAGAGGACUCGGGGACCGCGCGCAGCUGCUGCCGGAUCCCCGGGAGGCCGAGGAGACAGGGGGACCUGCGCUCCAUUGGUGUACCAGCGAUGCGUGGCCAGGCGCCCGGGAGGAGGUGAAAGAUGCCGAGGAGCGCGGGCAGUCUCCAGGGCGGGACCUGGGGCUCUGAGCCUCAGCAGGCGCAGCGGUCGCGGCGGCUGGCCAGGAGGGGCCGGAGCUGAGCGCUGGAGGAGCCGCGUUUGGGAACUCGGUGUCCCGGCAGCCUGCGCGCAAGCUGCCGACCUCCCAGGGCGCAGGAUCCCUGACUGGAGGCGCUUGAUACGGUUCUCUGGGAGAGGGACGCGAGAAAGUUGGCACCAUUGGAUCGGUUAUCCGGGCGCCCCCAGCAGCUUCCCCUCUGGCGCAGUAGGCCUGCCAGCGCUGGCCCUUUCCUCCAGAGCUUCUCCCGCUGUAGGGAAGCCAGGACCAUGAACUUGGCGGCUGACCCGGCUGUCCGCUGCCAGUGGCUCCCCUUGCCUGCUUCACCCGUGUGUCAGCUGUUGCGCGUUUGUGGACUGCUACUGCUGCUUCCGGGGCCCUCCAGGGUGCACGGGGCCGACCAGCGCCAGGUAUUCCAGGUGCUGGAGGAACAGCCCCCAGGAACUUUGGUGGGCACCAUCCCCACGCGCCCAGGCUUCACCUACCGCCUCAGCGAAAGCCACGCCCUGUUCGCCAUAAACAGUAGCACUGGAGCUCUGUACACCACCGCCACCAUCGACCGCGAGAGCCUGCCCAGCGAUGUGGUCAACCUGGUGGUCCUUUCCAGUGCUCCCACUUACCCCACCGAAGUGCGAGUGCUGGUGCGAGACCUUAACGACAACGCCCCGGUGUUCCCGGACCCCUCCAUUGUGGUCACCUUCAAGGAGGACAGUAGCAGCGGCCGUCAGGUCAUCUUGGACACCGCCACAGAUUCGGACAUCGGUUCCAAUGGAGUGGACCAUCGCUCCUACCGCAUCAUCCGGGGAAACGAGGAGGGCCGCUUCCGUCUGGACGUCACCUUGAACCCCAGCGGCGAGGGCGCAUUCCUGCACCUGGUUUCCAAAGGCGGCCUGGACCGCGAGGUCACAUCACAGUACCAGCUUUUGGUGGAAGUGGAGGACAAGGGCGAGCCGAAGCGGCGGGGCUACCUUCAGGUAAACGUGACCGUGCAGGAUAUUAAUGACAAUCCCCCGGUUUUUGGCAGUUCCCACUACCAGGCGGGGGUGCCUGAGGACGCCGCUGUGGGCUCCAGCGUUCUCCAAGUGGCAGCUGCGGACGCCGACGAGGGCACCAACGCGGACAUCCGCUACCGGCUUCAGGACGAGGGAACCCCCUUCCAGAUGGACCCGGAGUCGGGGCUCAUCACGGUGCGAGAGCCCCUGGACUUCGAGGCCCGGCGCCAGUACUCGCUGACCGUGCAGGCGAUGGACCGCGGCGUGCCCUCCCUCACUGGGCGCGCCGAGGCACUCAUUCAGCUGCUGGACGUGAACGACAACGACCCGGUGGUGAAGUUCCGCUACUUCCCUGCCACCUCGCGCUAUGCCUCAGUGGAUGAGAACGCGCAGGUGGGCACCGUGGUGGCUCUGCUCACUGUGACCGACGCCGACUCCCCCGCGGCCAACGGGAACAUCUCAGUGCAGAUUCUCGGGGGCAAUGAACAGCGCCACUUUGAAGUCCAGAGAAGCAAAGUGCCCAAUCUGAGCCUCAUCAAAGUGGCCAGCGCCCUGGACCGUGAGCGCAUCCCAUCCUACAACCUCACCGUGUCGGUCUCGGAUAACUACGGGGCGCCCCCUGCCGCCGAGGUGCAGGCGCGCUCCUCCGUGGCCAGCCUGGUCAUUUUUGUCAAUGACAUUAACGACCAUCCUCCGGUUUUUGCUCAGCAAGUGUACAGAGUGAACCUGAGCGAGGAGGCGCCUCCCGGAAGCUAUGUGAGUGGGUUGUCUGCCACCGAUGGCGACUCGGGCCUCAACGCUAAUCUGCGUUACAGCAUCGUGUCUGGCAAUGGGCUGGGCUGGUUCCGCAUUAGUGAACACAGUGGCUUGGUGACCACAGGGCCUGCUGGGGGCCUCGACCGUGAACUCGCUUCCCAGAUUGCACUGAACAUCAGUGCCCGUGACCAAGGAGUUCACCCCAAGGUUUCCUAUGCCCAGCUUGUGGUAACACUCUUAGAUGUGAAUGAUGAGAAGCCAGUAUUUAGCCAGCCAGAAGGUUAUGAGGUGUCUGUGGUGGAGAAUGCCCCAACAGGGACUGAGCUUCUAGUGCUUGGGGCAACAGAUGGGGAUCUGGGUGACAACGGGACUGUGCGCUUUUCCCUACAAGAGGCUGAGGGUGAGCAGAAGUGCUUCCGUCUGGAUCCUGUGUCUGGGAGGCUGAGUACCAUCUCCUCCUUGGACAGAGAGGAGCAAGCCUUCUACUCCUUGGUGGUUCUAGCUACAGAUCUGGGUUCCCCUCCCCAGUCAUCCAUGGCUCACAUAAAUGUAAGUCUCCUGGAUUUGAACGACAACAGCCCUGUGUUCUAUCCAGUCCAAUAUUUUGCUCACAUUCAGGAGAAUGAGCCUGGAGGAAGUUAUGUCACCACUGUGUCUGCUACUGACCCAGAUUUGGGUCCCAAUGGAACUGUCAAAUACAGUAUAUCAGCUGGAGACAGGUCUCGUUUUCAGAUCAAUGCUCAAAGUGGGAUGAUUUCUACAAGAAUCUCCCUAGAUAGAGAAGAGAAGACAGCCUACCAGCUGCAAAUAGUGGCCACUGAUGGUGGGAACUUACAGUCUUCCAACCAGGCAAUAGUAACUGUCACAGUGCUGGACACUCAAGAUAACCCCCCUGUAUUCAGUCAGGCUGCCUACAGCUUUGUAGUGUUUGAGAACGUGGCUCUGGGAUACCAUGUGGGUACAGUAUCUGCAUCCUCCAUGGACCUCAAUGCCAACAUCAGCUAUCUCAUUACUACUGGGGACCAGAAAGGUGUGUUUGCUAUUGGUCCAGUCACAGGGCAGCUUACCACAGCAAGUGUGAUCGACAGAGAAGAGCAAUCCUUUUAUAAGCUGAAGGUUGUAGCAAGUGGGGGUAUGGUGACAGGAGACACUGUGGUGAACAUAACAGUGAAGGACCUGAAUGACAAUGCCCCUCACUUCCUUCAGGCAGUAGAAAGUGUCAAUGUGGUGGAGAACUGGGAAGCUGGUCACAGCAUUUUCCAGGCCAAAGCUGUUGAUCCUGAUGAAGGUGUUAAUGGUGUGGUGGUCUAUAGUCUGAAGCAAAAUCCCAUGAACCUGUUUGCUAUUAAUGAGCAGAAUGGUAAUGUCAGUCUACUAGGACCCCUAGACGUUCACACUGGCUCCUACCAAGUAGAGAUCUUGGCCUCUGAUAUGGGCAUUCCCCAGCUUUCUUCCAGCAUCAUCUUAACAGUUUAUGUCCAUGAUGUAAAUGACAACCCACCAGUAUUUGACCAAAUUUCAUAUGAGGUCACUCUGUCUGAGUCAGAACCUGUGAAUUCUAGAUUCUUUAGGGUACAGGCUUUUGAUAAAGAUUCAGGAGUCAAUGGGGAGAUUGCUUACAAGAUUGCUGAAGGAAAUGUAGGGGAUGCUUUUGGCAUAUUUCCAGAUGGUCAAUUGUAUAUAAAAAGUGAACUGGACCGUGAACUUCAAGACAGAUAUGUUUUACUGGUUGUUGCUUCUGACAGAGCAGUAGAACCCCUUAGUGCCACUGUGAAUGUUACUGUGAUUUUAGAAGACAUGAAUGAUAACAGACCUCUUUUUAACAGUACCAAUUACACAUUUUAUUUUGAAGAAGAGCAGAGAUCUGGGUCAUUUGUGGGCAAAGUGAGUGCUGUAGAUAAAGACUUUGGCCCCAAUGGAGAAGUAAGGUAUUCUUUUGAGAUGGUGCAGCCAGACUUUGAACUGCACGCUGUCACAGGGGACAUUACAAGUACGCAUCAGUUUGACAGGGAGUCUCUCAUGAGGAGGAGAGGGACUGCAGUCUUUAGCUUUAUAGUGAUAGCUACAGACCAGGGGCUCCCUCAGCCUCUCAAGGACCAAGCCACUGUUCAUGUUUACAUGAAGGACAUCAAUGACAAUGCCCCCAGGUUUUUAAAAGACUUUUACCAAGCCACGAUCUCUGAGACAGCAGCCAACCUGACCCAGGUCUUAAGAGUGUCUGCCUCAGAUGUGGAUGAAGGGAACAAUGGCCUCAUUCAUUAUUCAGUUAUCAAAGGAAAUGAAGAAAGGCAGUUCACUAUAGACAGUACCUCUGGGCAGGUAACACUUAUAGGUAAGUUAGACUAUGAAGCUACACCAGCCUACUCCCUUGUCAUCCAAGCCAUGGAUUCAGGGACCAUCCCCCUCAAUUCAACCUGUACUUUAAAUAUUGAUAUUUUAGAUGAAAAUGACAACACCCCUUCUUUCCCCAAGUCAACACUUUUUGUGGAUGUUUUGGAAAAUAUGAGAAUUGGAGAACUUGUUUCCUCAGUUACUGCAACUGAUUCUGACUCAGGUGACAACGCUGACUUACAUUAUACUGUCGCAGGGACUAAUAACCAUGGGACAUUUAGCAUCAGCCCAAACACUGGGAGUAUUUUUCUUGCCAAAAAAUUGGACUUUGAAACUCAGUCUCUGUACAAAUUAAAUAUAACAGCAAAAGACAAAGGGCGACCUCCGCGGUCAUCCACAAUGUCAGUGGUCAUUCAAGUGAGGGACUUCAAUGACAAUCCCCCUAGCUUUCCCCCAGGAGACAUUUUCAAGUCUAUUGUUGAGAACAUCCCCAUCGGUACAUCAGUCAUUUCUGUGACCGCACAUGACCCGGAUGCAGACAUUAACGGGCAGCUAUCUUACGCCAUCAUCCAACAGAUGCCAAGAGGCAACCACUUCAGCAUAGAUCAAGUCCAAGGGACUAUAUACACUAGUGCUGAAAUAGACCGAGAAUUUGCUAAUCUCUUUGAGUUAACUGUAAAAGCCAAUGAUCAGGCUGUGCCCAUUGAAACCAGGAGGCACGCUUUGAAAAAUGUGACCAUUUUGGUGACAGAUCUCAAUGACAAUGUCCCGAUGUUUAUAUCACAAAAUGCCCUGGCUGCAGACCCUUCAGCUGUGAUUGGUUCUAUAUUAACGACCAUUAUGGCUGCAGACCCAGAUGAAGGAGCUAAUGGUGAGGUAGAGUAUGAGAUCAUCAACGGGGACACAGACACCUUCAUUGUGGACCGUUAUAGUGGGGAUCUGAGGGUGGCUUCUGCAUUGGUCCCUUCACAACUCAUGUACAACCUCAUAGUUUCUGCCACAGACCUGGGUCCUGAACGGAGGAAAUCAACCACAGAAUUGACUGUCAUUCUUCAAGGUCUGGAUGGACCUGUUUUCACUCAGCCUAAAUAUAUAACCAUUUUGAAGGAAGGGGAGCCCAUUGGUACCAACGUCAUAUCCAUAGAAGCAGCGAGCCCCAGAGGUUCAGAAGCCCCGGUGGAAUAUUACAUUGUUUCAGUUCGUUGUGAGGAAAAAACUGUGGGACGUCUUUUUACUAUUGGACGGCAUUCUGGCAUCAUUCAAACAGCAGCUAUUCUGGACCGGGAGCAAGGAGCGUGCCUGUACCUGGUAGAUGUGUACGCCUUAGAAAAAUCAUCUGUCUUUCCCAGAACACAGAAAGCAGAGGUGGAAAUAACCCUCCAGGAUAUUAAUGACAACCCACCAGUGUUUCCAACAGACACUCUGGAGCUCACUGUGGAGGAGAACAUUGGAGAUGGCUCAAAGAUUAUGCAACUGACAGCCUUGGAUGCUGACGAGGGUGUGAACGCUGUGGUCACUUAUGCCAUCAUCAGUGGGGCAGAUGACAGUUUCCGCAUUGACCCUGAAUCUGGAGAUCUAAUAGCCACCAAGAGACUGGACCGGGAACGUCGAUCCAAGUAUUCUCUGCUGGUCCGUGCUGAUGAUGGCCUCCAGUCCUCAGACAUGAGAAUCAAUAUCACCGUCAGUGAUGUGAACGACCAUAUACCAAAAUUCUCCAGGCCUGUGUACUCUUUCGACAUCCCAGAAGACACAACCCCUGGUUCAUUGGUGGCAGCCAUUUUAGCUACAGAUGAUGACUCUGGAGUGAAUGGAGAAGUCACAUACAUUGUGAGUGAAGAUGAUGAAGAUGGCAUAUUUUUCCUAAAUCCAGUUACAGGAGUCUUCAACUUGACUCGAGUAUUAGAUUAUGAAACACAGCAGUAUUACAUCCUCACCGUCCGAGCAGAAGAUGGUGGGGGACAAUUUACCACCAUUCGAGUUUAUUUCAACAUUCUAGAUGUCAAUGACAACCCUCCUGUUUUCAGCAUGAAUUCAUACAGCACAUCUUUAAUGGAAAAUCUUCCCCUUGGAUCCACUGUUCUGGUCUUUAAUGUGACUGAUGCAGAUGAUGGUAUCAACUCUGAGUUGGCUUAUAGCAUCAGCUCAGGUGACAGUCUUGGGCAGUUCACUGUGGAUAAGCAUGGUGUACUCAAAGUCCUCAAAGCGUUGGACCGGGAAAGCCAGUCUUUCUACAACCUGGUUGUUCAGGCCCAUGACUUGCCACCACCACCAACAUCCAGGUUUACAAGUACUGCUCAAGUCACCAUCAUUCUGCUGGACGUUAAUGAUAACCCUCCCAUGUUUCUUUCUCCAAAAUUGACGUAUGUUCCAGAAAACACACCUGUUGAUACUGUUGUUUUCAAGGCUCAAGCAACCGACCCAGACAGCGGCCCAAACAGCUAUAUUGAAUACACCCUUUUGAACCUUCUGGAAAACAAAUUUAGUAUUGGAACCAUUGAUGGUGAGGUGCGGCUCACUGGAGAACUGGACAGAGAGCACGUUUCUAAUUAUACUCUGACAGUGGUGGCCACCGACAAAGGUCAGCCAUCCCUGUCUGCAUCCACAGAGGUUGUUGUUAUGGUCCUUGACAUCAAUGACAACAGUCCCAUUUUUGCACAAUCUCUAUAUAAGGUGGAGAUUAGUGAGAACACGCUUACAGGAACAGAUAUCAUACAAGUGUUUGCAGCAGAUGAAGAUGAAGGCACAAAUGGACAGGUUCGCUAUGGCAUAAUUGAUGGUAAUGCCCAGCAGGACUUCAGAAUUGACUCAGUCAUGGGGGCUAUCACGGUGGCUAAACCUCUGGAUAGAGAGAAGACUCCUGCUUACAUGUUAAGGGUCCAGGCCACGGAUCGGGGCAGCAGCCCCAGAAUGGAUGCCUGUACUGUCAGCAUUGCUUUGCUAGAUAUGAACGACUUUGUUCCCAUAUUUGAACUGUCUCCAUAUUCUGUGAGUGUCCCUGAGAACUUAGGGACACUGCCCAGGACCAUUCUUCAGGUGGUAGCCAGAGAUGACGAUCAAGGAUUGAACAGCAAACUCUCUUAUGUUCUGGUUGGUGGUAAUGAGGAUGCUGCUUUUACCCUCACAGCCAGUGGAGAGCUUCAAGUGACACAGAGUUUGGACCGGGAGACUAGGGAACACUUUGUCCUGACCAUCACAGCAGCUGACUUGGGAUCCCCUCCCUUGACUGGAACUGGGACAAUCAGUGUCAUAGUAGAUGAUGUCAAUGACAAUGUCCCCACUUUUUCCAGUAAAAAGCAUUUCACAGAGAUUCCUGAAGAUGCCCCCACUGGAACAGAUGUUUUGUUAGUGAAUGCCUCAGAUGCUGACACAUCAACAAAUGCAGUUAUAAGCUAUAGCAUCAUUGGUGGAAAUUCACCAUUCACCAUCAACCCAUCCACAGGACAGAUCAUCACAAGUGCAUUGCUAGACAGAGAGACAAAAGAUAAUUAUACGUUGAUAGUGGUGGCCACUGAUGCGGGAUCUCCAGAGUCUCUUUCCAGUUCCACCAGUGUGCUUGUCACUGUGACUGAUGUCAAUGACAAUCCUCCAAGAUUUCAGCAUCACCCGUAUGUCACACAUAUCCCAUCUCCUACUCUCCCAGGUUCCUUUGUCUUUGCAGCCACAGUGACAGAUGCUGACACUGGCCCCAAUGCUGAGCUCCAUUAUUCCAUUUCUGGUAGAAAUUCUGAAAUAUUUCUCAUUGACCCCCUGAGAGGAGCGAUCAUGGCAGCUGGACCACUAAAUGGUGCUUCAGAAGUGACAUUUUCUGUCCACGUGAAAGAUGGUGGUGCAGUUCCAAAGACAGAUUCCACCACAGUGACUGUUAGAUUUGCCAACAAAGCAGAUUUCCCAAAAGUCAGAGCCAAAGAACAAACUUUCAUGUUUCCAGAAAACCAGCCAGUGGGCACUCUUGUCACUACCAUUACAGGUUCCUCUUUGAGAGGAGAAAGUUUGUCCUAUUAUAUUGCAAGUGGGAACCUGGGCAAUGUGUUCCAGAUUGAUCCUUUAACAGGGCAAGUGUCCAUAAGCCAAGCUUUGGAUUUUGAAAAGAUACAGAAGUAUGUUGUGUGGAUUGAGGCAAGAGAUGGUGGUUUCCCUCCCUUCUCAUCUUAUGAAAAGCUUGACAUCACUGUGUUGGAUGUCAAUGACAAUGCACCAACUUUUAAAAAGGAUCCAUUUGUAUCUGAGAUACUAGAAAACCUUUCUCCUCGAAAAAUAUUGACUGUUUCUGCAAUUGACAAAGACAGUGGACCAAAUGGGCAGUUAGAUUAUGAAAUUGUGAGUGGGAACCAAGAAAAUAGUUUCAGUAUCAAUCAUGCUACUGGUGAAAUUAGAAGCACCCGACCACUUGAUAGAGAAAAAAUAUCCCACUAUGUGCUCACCAUAAAAUCUUCAGACAAAGGGUCCCCUUCUCAGAGUACCUCAGUAAAAGUCAUAAUAAAUAUUUUGGAUGAAAAUGAUAAUGCCCCUAGGUUUUCUCAGAUAUUUAGUGCCUAUGUUCCUGAAAACUCUCCCUUGGGAUAUAUGGUCACACGUGUCACAACUUCUGAUGAAGACAUUGGAGUAAAUGCAAUUAGUCGAUAUUCUAUGGUGGACACAAGUCUUCCUUUUACAAUCAACCCCAACACAGGAGACAUUGUCAUUAGUAGACCUUUAAAUAGAGAAGACAUGGAUCGUUACAGAAUCAGAGUUUCUGCUCAUGACUCUGGAUGGACUGUAAGUACAGAUGUCACCAUAUUUGUGACAGAUGUUAAUGACAAUGCACCAAGAUUCAGCAGGCCCUCCUAUUACUUAGAUUGCCCUGAGCUUACAGAUAUUGGUUCCAAAGUGACCCAGGUAUCUGCCACAGAUCCUGAUGAAGGAGCAAAUGGACAAGUAUUUUAUUUCAUAAAAUCUCAGUCAGAGUAUUUCAGGAUUAAUGCCACCACUGGAGAGAUUUUCAAUAAGCAGGUCUUAAAAUACCAAAACGUCAGUGGCUUCAACAAUGCAAAUAUCAACAGACACAGUUUCAUUGUGACAUCUUCAGAUCGAGGCAACCCUUCCUUACUUAGUGAGACUACAGUGACCAUCAAUACAGUGGACAGCAAUGACAAUGCACCUCACUUUCUUAAAAAUAAAUAUUUCACUCCAGUCACCAAAAAUGUGAAAGUUGGUACAAAGUUAAUCAAAGUGACUGCAGUAGAUGACAAAGAUUUUGGACUGAAUUCUGAGGUGGAGUAUUUCAUGUCUAAUCAGAAUCAUUUGGGGAAGUUUAAGUUGGACAAUGACACAGGGUGGAUUUCAGUAGCCUCUCCAUUGAUUUCUGACUUGAAUCAAAAUUUUAUCAUCACUGUCAGAGCAAAGGAUAAAGGAAAUCCUCCACUUUCUUCUCAAGCCACAGUUCACAUAACUGUCACUGAGGAGAACUACCAUACACCCGAGUUUUCACAAAGCCACAUGAGUGUGACUAUCCCUGAGAGUCAUAGUACUGGGUCUGUGGUCAGAACUGUAUCUGCCAGAGAUCGGGAUGCAGCUAUGAAUGGCUUAGUUAGGUACAACAUUUCUGCAGGAAACGAGGAGGGCACUUUUGCAAUCAACUCUUCCACAGGUGUGUUAACAUUAGCCAAAGCUCUUGACUAUGAGCUCUGCCAGAAGCACGAAAUGACCAUCAGUGCCACCGAUGGAGGAUGGGUUGCAAGAACAGGGUACUGCAUUGUGACUGUAAAUGUGAUUGAUGUGAACGAUAAUUCCCCAGUGUUCAUCCCUGAUGAAUACUUCCCUUCUGUUUUGGAAAAUGCCCCAAGUGGAACAACUGUCAUUCACCUAAAUGCAACUGAUGCGGACUCUGGGACCAAUGCUGUGAUUGCAUAUACUGUACAGUCAUCUGAUAGUGACCUCUUUGUCAUUGAUCCCAACACAGGGGUCAUCACCACUCAAGGCUUUUUGGAUUUUGAAACCAAGCAGAGCUACCAUCUCACUGUGAAAGCCUUCAAUGUCCCAGAUGAGGAGCGCUGCAGCUUUGCCACUGUGAAUAUUCAGCUCAAAGGGACAAAUGAAUAUGUGCCUCGCUUUGUUUCCAAACUCUACUACUUUGAGAUCUCAGAAGCAGCUGCUAAAGGGACUGUUGUUGGAGAAGUGUUUGCCAGUGACCGGGACACAGGUGCCGAUGGGGAAGUACAUUAUUGGAUAUUUGGUAAUAGCCGGAGAAAGGGCUUUCAGAUUAAUAAGAAAACUGGACAAAUUUAUGUUUCUGGUCAUCUUGACAGAGAAAGAGAAGAAAGGGUAUCACUGAAAGUAUUGGCCAAGAAUUUUGGUAGCAUUCGGGGUGCUGACAUAGAUGAGGUCACAGUGAAUAUCACUGUGCUUGAUGCCAAUGACCCACCAGUUUUUAGUCUAAACACUUAUUGCGUUCAGAUCAGUGAAGGCGUCCCGAUUGGAACUCAUGUCACCUUCGUUAGUGCUUUUGACUCAGACUCCAUCCCCAGCUGGAGCAGAUUUUCUUACUUCAUAGGAUUGGGGAAUGAAAAUGGGGCCUUUUCCAUCAAUCCCCAGACAGGGCAGAUCACAGUAACUGCAGAAUUAGACAGGGAAAGCCUACCAGUCUAUAACCUCUCAGUCUUGGCUGUGGACUCAGGAAGCCCAUCAGCGACAGGUAGUGCCUCCUUGCUGGUAACCCUGGAAGAUAUAAAUGACAAUGGGCCCAUGUUGACCAUCAGCGAGGGAGAAGUUAUGGAGAACAAACGCCCAGGAACCCUGGUGAUGACACUUCAGUCCACUGAUCCCGACCUCCCCCCAAAUCAGGGUCCCUUUACCUACCACCUGCUGAGCACUGGUCCUGCUACCAACUACUUCAGUCUGAACACUGCUGGAGUUCUGAGCACCACCAGAGAGAUUGACAGAGAGCAAAUCGCAGACUUCUAUCUGUCUGUGGUCACCAGAGACUCUGGUGUGCCUCAGAUGUCCUCCACGGGAACUGUGCACAUCACAGUUUUAGACCAAAAUGACAACCCCUCACAGUCUCGCACAGUGGAGAUAUUUGUAAAUUAUUAUGGAAACUUGUUCCCUGGUGGGAUUUUAGGUUCAGUGAAACCACAGGAUCCAGAUGUGUUAGACAGCUUCCACUGUUCCCUUACUUCAGGAGUGACAAGCCUCUUCAGUAUUCCAGGGGAGAGCUGUGAUCUCAGCUCCCAGCCCAGGUCCACUGAUGGCACAUUUGACCUGACUGUCCUUAGUAGUGAUGGAGUGCACAGUGCAGUUACCAACAAUAUCCGAGUUUUCUUUGCUAGCUUUUCCAAUGCUACAGUGGAUAACAGCAUUUUACUUCGUGUGGGUGUCCCAACUGUCAAGGAUUUCUUGACUAACCACUACCUUCAUUUCCUGCGCAUUGCUAGUUCCCAGCUCACAGGCCUGGGGACUGGUGUGCAAAUGUAUGCUGCCUAUGAGGAGAACAAUAGAACGUUCCUUUUGGUGGCUGUAAAGCGAAGUAACAAUCACUAUGUGAAUCCCAGCGGUGUGGCCACCUUCUUUGAAAGCAUUAAAGAGAUUCUUCUUCGUCAGAGCGGAGUCAAGAUAGAAUCCGUGGAUCAUGACGCCUGCAUCCAUGGUCCAUGUCAGAAUGGAGGCAGCUGCCUCCGAAGGCUGGCUGUGAGCUCUGUCUUGAGGAUCCAGGAGAGUCUUCCUGCCAUCAUGGUGGGAAAUGCACCUCUGCAGCCCUUCCUGUGCAAGUGUCUGCCAGGGUAUGCUGGGAGCUGGUGUGAGGUAGACGUCGAUGAGUGUCUGCCAGCCCCUUGCCACAAUGGGGGAACCUGCCACAAUUUGGUCGGGGGCUUUUCAUGCAGCUGCCUGGAUGGCUUCACAGGGAGGGCCUGUGAGAGGGACAUUAAUGAGUGCCUUCCCAGUCCUUGUAAGAAUGGCGCAAUUUGUCAUAAUUUUCCAGGCGGCUUCAACUGCGUUUGCAAAACUGGAUACACAGGGAAAAUGUGUGAAUCAUCAGUCAACUACUGUGAAUGCAAUCCCUGCUUCAAUGGUGGUUCCUGUCAAAGUGGUGUGGAAUCAUAUUAUUGCCAUUGUCCAUUUGGUGUCUUUGGGAAGCACUGUGAAUUGAACAGUUACGGGUUUGAGGAACUUUCCUACAUGGAAUUUCCCAGCCUGGACCCCAAUAACAACUAUAUUUAUGUCAAAUUUGCCACUAUCCAAAGUCACGCCUUAUUGCUUUACAAUUAUGACAACCAAACUGGAGAGCGGGCAGAGUUUUUGGCUCUUGAAAUUGCUGAAGAAAGGUUGAGAUUUUCCUAUAACUUAGGCAGUGGUACAUACAAACUCACCACCAUGAAGAAGGUGUCAGAUGGACAUUUUCACACUGUGAUUGCACGGAGAGCAGGCAUGGCAGCCUCCUUGACUGUGGACUCCUGUUCUGAGAACCAAGAACCAGGCUAUUGCACUGUGAGCAAUGUAGCACUUUCAGAUGACUGGUCUCUUGAUGUUCAGCCAAAUCGAAUCACAGUUGGAGGUAUCAGGUCUCUAGACCCAAUCCUUCAGAGGAGGGGACAGGUGGAGAGCCAUGACUUUGUGGGCUGUAUAAUGGAAUUUGCAGUCAAUGGGAGGCCUCUGGAACCCAGUCAAGCUUUGGCAGCACAAGGCAUCCUCGAUCAGUGUCCUCGAUUAGAAGGCACAUGUACUCGCAACCCCUGCCAACAUGGCGGCACGUGCGUGGACUUCUGGUCGUGGCAACAGUGCCACUGCACAGAAGGGCUGACUGGGAAGUACUGUGAGAAAUCUGUCACUCCAGAUACGGCCUUGUCACUAGAAGGCAAAGGACGCCUGGACUACCACAUGAGUCAGAGCGAGAAGCGGGAAUUCUUGCUAAGACAGAGCUUACGAGAUGCCAUGUUGGAGCCUUUUGGUGUGAACAGUCUAGAAGUGAAGUUCAGGACGAGGAGUGAGAACGGUGUCUUAAUCCACAUCCAAGAGAGCAGCAACUACACAACCGUGAAGAUUAAGAAUGGCAAAGUGCAUUUUACAUCUGAUGCAGGGGUUGCUGGGAAAGUAGAGAGAAACAUUCCAGAAGCAUACGUUGCUGAUGGCCACUGGCACACCUUCCACAUUGGGAGAAAUGGAUCCCUCACAGCACUGUCCAUUGACAGAAUUUAUAACAAAGAUGUCACUCACCCUACUCAGGACUUUGGUGGCCUUGACGUGCUUACCAUAUCUCUUGGUGGCAUCCCACCCAACCAAGCCCACCGGGAUACUCAAACAGGCUUCAGCGGCUGCAUAGCAUCUGUGCUAUAUGGGAGAGAAAGCCUGCCUUUCAGUGGCAAGCACAGCUUGGCCUCCAUCUCUAAAACCGACCCCUCAGUGAAAAUCGGCUGUCGUGGUCCCAAUAUUUGUGCCAGCAACCCGUGCUGGGGAGACUUACUUUGCAUCAACCAGUGGUAUGCCUACAAGUGUGUCCCGCCUGGGGACUGCGCAUCCCACCCCUGUCAGAACGGGGGUAGCUGUGAGCCCGGCCUGCACUCUGGAUUCACUUGCAGCUGCCCUGAGUCGCACACCGGGAGGACCUGCGAGACGGUUGUGGCCUGCCUGGGCGUUCUCUGUCCUCAGGGAAAGGUGUGCCAGGCUGGAAGCCCCGGGGGACAUGUGUGUGUCCUGAGUCAGGGCCCCGAAGAGAUCUCUUUGCCGCUCUGGGCCGUGCCUGCCAUCGUGGGCAGCUGUGCCACCGUCCUGGCCCUACUUGUACUAAGCUUGAUUCUGUGCAAUCAGUGCAGGGGAAGAGAGAGCAAAAACCCCAAGGAGGAAAAGAAACCCAAGGAGAAGAAGAAAAAAGGCAGCGAGAAUGUGGCUUUUGAUGACCCAGACAACAUCCCACCCUAUGGGGAUGAUUUGGCUGUGAGGAAGCAGCCUGAGGGGAACCCCAAACCAGACAUCAUCGAGAGGGAAAACCCCUACCUGAUCUACGAUGAGACGGACAUCCCCCACAAGUCCGAAACCAUCCCCAGUGCCCCCCUGGCGUCCCCAGAGCAGGAAAUCGAGCAUUAUGACAUCGACAAUGCCAGCAGCAUCGCUCCCUCAGAUGCCGACAUCAUCCAGCACUACAAGCAGUUCCGCAGCCACACACCCAAGUUCUCCAUCCAGAGGCACAGCCCUCUGGGCUUCGCAAGGCAGUCCCCCAUGCCCCUGGGAGCCAGCAGCCUCACCUACCAGCCUUCCUCCUACGGGCCAGGUCUAAGAACCAGCUCCCUCAGCCAUUCGGCCUGCCCCACUCCCAACCCACUGUCUCGCCACAGCCCGGCUCCGUUCUCCAAGUCCUCCACGUUCUACAGGAACAGCCCGGCCAGAGAGCUACAUCUCCCUCUGAGGGACGUGAGCACCCUGGAGAUGCACGCGGACGCCUGCCAGCCCAGCAUGUUCAACUAUGCCACGAGGCUGGGGAGGAGGAGCAAAAGUCCCCAGACCAUGGCCACCCAUGGGUCCAGACCGGGCAGUCGCCUCAAGCAGCCCAUCGGGCAGAUGCCUCUGGAAUCUUCUCCUCCAGUGGGGCUGUCCAUCGAAGAAGUGGAGAGGCUCAACACCCCUCGGCCUAGAAACCCGAGCAUCUGCAGCGCGGACCAUGGGAGGUCGUCCUCGGAAGAGGACUGUCGAAGGCCCCUGUCCAGAACACGGAACCCAGCUGAUGGCAUCCCAGCCCCGGAGUCAUCUUCUGACAGUGACUCCCACGAGUCUUUCACCUGCUCAGAGAUGGAGUAUGACAGGGAGAAGCCCAUAGUGUAUACUUCCAGGAUGCCCAAGCUAUCGCAAGUCAACGAAUCGGAUGCAGACGAUGAAGAUAACUACGGAGCCAGAGUAAAACCCAGAAGGUACCACGGUGGCCGCAGGGCUGAGGGGGGCUCCGGGGGCCCAGCCGCGCCCGGCACUGCUGACAGCACGCUGAAGCUCGGGCAGCAGACUGGGAACUUCAACUGGGACAACCUUUUGAACUGGGGCCCUGGCUUUGGCCAUUAUGUGGAUGUUUUUAAAGAUUUGGCAUCUCUCCCAGAAAAAGCAACACCAAGUGAUGAAGACAGUAAAGGUGGGACAGCUAAGCCGGUCCCCAAAAAUGGGGACGCAGAACAAUACGUGUGAAGGGUGUGUGGUGUGCCGCACAGUAGGAAACGUGAGGAGCACUCAGACCCUUGGUGGUUGCCAGCUAGCUUGGGUGCUGUGUGCACAACGGGCCAGUAUAGCCUGGUGUCCGAGGGAAAUGCUCAAUAAUAACCACGGUGCUGCUGAAACAGACUCCAAACAACUCUUAAUUUAAGUGUGCUCGUAUGAAUCGAUUCUCCUGCAUGGGUUGUGUUUUGCUAUUAGUUUUGUGGCAUGCAGCAUUUGGGAACUUUCGCUCAUUGACCAGCGUUUAGUUUGUGAUUUCAUGAAAUGGAUACCAUUACCAUUGCAACAUGAACGUGUGCUUUCCCAGUGAAGUAUGCGUAUGGUUUCCGUUGUAUGAUUUUAAUUGUUUUACAUUGCAAGAUCCAGGUUUAACUGGCCCCUGAAAAGCAUAGAAAAGAGACUUUGCUGCCUAGGAUAAAAGAACUGAAUAUUAACACUUCCGAAAUAAAGAAUGAUUCCGUAUUCCAUGGUACUCAGAAAUGGCUGAGUGCUUGUUUUAUAUGAUGGUGGGUACUAAAAUUAACCUCGUUUUGAGCACUUUUAACACUUUCUUACAAAAUUGUGUUGAAACUUCUGAAUCUGUGCAAAUGGUUGUGGAUUCCUGACUUUCCUCACACUUCAUGAGGAACAAAUGACUACAUUUCAUCCCCAGAACACUGCUGCCUUCCCACUGUGGAAUGAGUUCUCAGCAGCACUUCAAAGAGAACUCCUUUCUUAAGUUAUUUAUUGAGAAAAGUCUAUGCUUUUAACAUGUAAGGUGUUGAUUUAAGCAAACCCUAAUUGGAUUUACUUUUCAUUCAUUCCAUAUUUACCCCAAGUGCCCAGUUUUUAUAAUUUAUAUGGAGUCAAAUUGCAACAUUUCUUACUUUCUGUCCUUUUGUAAAUCAUUUUUAAUACUGUGUGAAAACUUGUUUUUACACCUAAGCUGGGUUUUGAUACUGAUAUUUUCCUACGUGGAAUCCUUUUCUUGCUUUCAGGGAAGGUGAGAAAAGACUUUUUUUUUUUUACAUUGGUUACUUAUGUAACAUUCAUAUUUUUCACAUUUUGAUACUUGUAACAUAAUGUAAGCUUUCUACUUGUAAAUGCCAACAAUAGAAUUAAAAUAUUUAUUUAAAAUACUUUGUAUUCAUGUGCAACACUGUUUCCAUCUUUUUCUACUCUUUAUGGGAGCAAGUGAGAAAAGGUUGCGCUUGUCAAUAAGGCAUGUAGCAAGUUGAAUUUAUAUGGGCCACAUCAUAUUCUUUUAGAAACAGGACUAUGGCUCUAUGCCAGAAAAGAUAUUUUAGAGCUACUUCAGUACAUUCCUACAUAUCAGAGGUUUUAGACUUCCCUGAAUUAUAAUGAGUCUAGACCGGUUUGGUCCAAGGGGACCAAUGUGGACCCAGUUUAAACAUUCUAUUAAUAGAUGUUUGGAAAUACCUAGGACAGUAUGUUCUCUGAAAUCCAAUUUUGUACUGGAGUUAUGGUGAAGAAGAGUAGAAGCUAAUUAUGCACAAAUGUCUGGGAUUUUCUCCAAGAAGCCAACUCAAAAUUCUCUACCAUCAGUGGUAGGUAAGUGGAAUGAAAAUGAAGGCUCAGCAAUUCAUGUCCUUCCUUAAUUUAUUGAUCAUGAUAGUUUGUUGAUAUAGACUAUGAAAAGUUUAAACAUAUUUUACAUGUAUACCUCUACUUUCUAGAUGCCCUCAAUGGCAAACCGGCUCAGUGGGUUGACACACAGUAGGAUCCAUUUAUGUGUAAAUAGUUUCAUCUUAAAUAAAAUGUCUAAAAUUCA